CACAGGCCAAUAUAGGUCAGUGGACAACAGUUUUGCAGCAGGAUUUUAAACUCAGUGAAAACAGGUCCUGCAAAGUGUGGUCCAACUCAGUUUUGUCUCUGCAGCUGAAGACUUAGAAAUGCCAAUUGAUUUCAGCGGAUACUGGAAAAUGAUGAUCAAUGAGAACUUUGAAGAAUACUUGAAAGCACUAGAUGUAAACAUUGCUCUGCGGAAAAUUGCAGUCCUGUUGAAAGCGGACAAAGACAUUACUCAUAAGGGCAACCACAUGAUCAUUAAAACCAUCAGCAGCCUCCGUAAUUACAUCAUGGAAUUCGAUAUUGGCAAAGAGUUUCCUGAGGACUUAUCUGGAAUAGACGAUCGCAAGUGUAUGACUACGGUGAAUUGGGAUGGGGACAGACUUGUGUGUGUACAAAAUGGAGAGAAACGAGGUCGCGGUUGGACUCACUGGAUUGAGGGGGAUGAGCUACACCUGGAACUACGGGUUGAAGAUGUCAAAAGUAAGCAAGUCUUUAAGAAGGUGGAGUGAAGAACAUGACCAGAGGCAAAACAAAAGAAGACGUUGACUAAAGCCAGAGAACCUCAACAACUUCUAAACAUUGAAGACUAAAUCCCGCUGCCAACAUCAGUGGAAACGAUAAACUCGUCACCAUUUCAAAUGUUUCAAGGAAAUGAGACAUUUGAGUCUAAAUCGCUUAAAAAAAUGUUUUGUUGGUAGUGACUUGUCCCGUUGUAUUUCUCUUUGAUUGGUGACUUAUUAUCUUACACAUUUUAGUUGUAAUUUUGUCUCUCUAUAACUAUUGGCACAUCAACCAGCAUUCAGUUCACUGUGUUUUAAUUUGCAGCUCUAUCUCUAUGUUUUUUUUAAUUUCCCCUUUAUCGCGUUCUCCAUUGCUGUGCCGAUUUUCUCUCCUUCCCUUUCCGUAUUUGUUCCUCGGUCUCAAUAGGAUUUCUCCUCACUCCUCGCCAGUAAAUAUAAACCAGGAAAUCAUUUACUAGCGCUGCCUUAUUGGGAAAUAUGAUCUUCAAUCCCCAGUGCCAAUUUGGUGCACUUUAACCUCUGUUCCGCACUUUCCCCUACUUCUCCACGUCGAACCUGGCAAGAUAACACAUUAUAAUUAAAUAUACGUUAUGGGUCAGCAUAUUUCAAUAGGUUGAGUGCAGCUUUUUUUAUUCAUUUCAAGCUAAUAUGUUUUGUUCAGAAUUUCUAUCUGUUUAUAAAAGGCUGAUAUAUGAGAACGACUCUUGAUCCGUAUGAUUGCAAUUGAAUUGGAAAAUUUCAUCCAUAUAUAAAUAGGUCCUUCCAAGUCCUUUAUUAUAUUUGCCUUGUGUGAUGUGAAAAAUACACUGCUAAAUAUGCUCCAUGCCAUUAUUGCUUGUAAUCCACCACCAAACUGAGAAAUAAAGUUAACACAUAGAACAGCACAACACGUGAAUGGGCCCUUCAGCCGGACAUUCAACGGCUCAAUGGUUCUUGAUUAUCAAAGAUAGACACAAAAAGUUGUAGCAACCCAGCGGGACAGGCGGCAUCUCUGGAGAGAAGGAAUGGGUGACGUUUCAGGUCGAGAUCACACUUACCGAAGCUUGUUUUGCAUACAUUUCAGGAAAUUAUUAAUAUACAUAAGUACAAUUAGCAUGGUGGCACAGCGGUAGAGUUGGUGCCUUACAGCGCCAGAGACCCAGGUUCGAUCCUGACCAUGGGUAUUGCGUGUACGGGAUUUAUACGCUCUCCCCAUGACCUACAUGGGUUUUCUCCUGGUGCUCUGGUUUCCUCCCGCGCUCCAAAAGACAUCCAGGUUUGCAGGUUGAUUGGCUUUUGUACAAUUGUAAUUGUCCCUAGUGUGUGUAGGAUAGUGUUAGUGUGCAGGGAUCGUUGGUCGGCAGGGAACUCGGUGGGCCGAAGGGCCUGUUUCCACGCUGUUUCUCUAAACUAAGCUAAACUCAACUUAACAAUCCUAGAUUGAGUAUAAAUUGUAUAGAAACAGCUCACUGAGACCAUGUAUGGAAGUGGCCAGCCUUGGUACUAUUUUCGAAGUCCAAGCUCCAGCUGGUCGUAAAGGCCCAUUGUAGUUCAGCGAACCGUUGUCCUUCUCGUCACCCAUCCACCUUCAGCCUCAGUGAUCAGGGGGUGUCUCCCGCAGCUGACCUCGAAGGCAUGGAUGACAAGGCCCUGGUUCCUUUCACCAGCCCUUUAGCCCUUGCGUGUGCCAUUGCUGACUCCCUCCUGCCUUCUCUCUGGUCUCUGGGACCGAGCAGGGGCUUCCCUCUUCAGACUGAUUUCCCAGUUCCGUGGCGGGAAAGUCAGGCCUGCUGCUGAGCUAAAGCCACAGCCUCCGGCCCUGCCGCCCCUGCCCAAUGGUGUUUUGACCCCUUAAUGCCAAGGCCAACUCUGAUAUGCCUGCACAUAAUUCGAAGCCCUCUAUUCUCUGCACAUUCCUAUGCCUACCCAAAACGUCUUGUAAAUGCCACUACCAUAUCUGCCUCAAACACCACCCCCCGGCAGUUAUUGUAUUAUAUUAGGGAAGCUGUGAAAGGGACUGUAGGGAGAAGAAAUAUCAUCAACACUAAAGUAAAUGAUAGUAAUGAAUGUUCAAAGAUAUGUAUACUUUUGUAUAUAGAGUCCUACACUCAUACAACAUAGAAACAGGCCCUUCAGCCCAACUCGUCCACACCGACCAACAUGUCCCAUCUACACUAGUCCCACCUGCCUGUGUUAGACCCAUAUAACUCUAAACCUGUCCUACCCAUGUACCUGUCUAAAUGUUUCUUAAACAUUGUGAUAGUACCUGCCUCAACUACUUCCGGCAGCUCGUUCCAUGCACCCACCAACCUGUGUGUGAAAAUGUUACCUACACCCCCAGGUUCCUAUUAAAUCUUUCCCCCCUCACCUUAAACCUAUAUCCUCAGUUUCUCAAUUUGCCAACUGUGUUCUAGAGACUCUGUGCGUUUACCCGAUCUAUUCCUCUCAUGAUUUUGUACAUAUUUUCAUUGGUUUCAUUCCAGUAAAAGUAAUCCCAGGGCAGAAAUGCUGUACGGCCUUUAUUCUGUAGCUCCCAUAAGAGAAUUAGUAGUUGUUUGGAAGUGUUUGCUUUCCAAGAUUGCUGGCAAAAAAAAAACCCACACUGAGGCAAUCUGAAGCAACAGGGUGAGAAUGGUUAGUAAUGCAUUGAAGCAAUUGAACUGGUGGAAGAUUAAAUCUGAAUGAAACUAUCCUACAGUAGCGCUAAAAUCCACAUAGGACAUUUUGAAUGGAAUGCAUUUUUUAAUAAUGCAGGGUUCCUACUGUUAUCAGUGGGAGUAAAAUUAUAUCUUGCCAGAUAGGCAUGAAUGAUAGCCCUGGUUCCAGCCAAUUAGAAUUUGAAAAUGUGAAUAAUUGGGUAACGCUUUAUUCUUUGAACGAAAUUGCAUAUUGAAGUUUUCUGUCUCAACAGGGAAUCGUAUUUAAUGACAGCAACUGAUUUAGUGCAUUGACAUUCUAUGCUUAAACCUGAUAUGUGUAGUCAAUUCCUAUUUCCACUUGAUAAUUACAUUUGGAAAACAAUAAUCCAUAUUAAAUAACUUAAUUAAGUGUUUUGAUGAAUUUUGAUCAAAUGUGACAGAUUUGUGGAGUCCCCAAAUGAAAAGCCAUUGGCUUAUUGCUAUUUUAAUUUACUGAGGUCCCUUAUUUUAAUAGCCCUCUCUGAAUUAUGGCAAGAUUGUUCUUGUGAUUAUGCAGGGAUUAAGCACAUAAUGGAAUAUUCCUCGGGUUAAAGUCCAUGGAAAUGUAAUAUACACUGCAGCGAUUUUUGUACCACUGAAAGCUGGCUUUGGCAUUUUGCAGCUAGUCACUUGCAAAGUUAGAUGCAGCAAAGCAAGUAUGCAUCCCGCUACUGCAUGCAAUGGUGUCACGCAAACAUUCCCUGCAUUUGGCUCGCAAUGAUCAAAGUAAUUAAAACCGAGGAAAAAAACAACAUUUUCUGCACAUUUCGACACUUCCUACAUUCUUGCUGAAUCCGAAUUAAUAUAGAUAACAGCCAUUUGAAACUGCCUCCGCUUAUG